UCCACCUGGGUAUUUCCUCCUAGCUGAUGGUGGCUACCCAUGUCUACAGGAACCCCUGGCCCUUAUCACACCAUAUAAGAGGCCAGUGAGAGGCAUGGCAGAGCAACGGUUUAAUUACCAUCAUUCCAGAGGUCGCACAAUCAUUGAGCGUGCCUUUGGAAUGAUGAAAACCCGCUUCAGGUGCAUCUUUUUAGAAGCACUUGAAGUACAUCCAGUGUUUGUCCCUAAGGUGGUGACAGCGUGUGUAAUUUUACACAACAUUUGUGUUGGUGUUGGGGAUGAGCUGGAAGAGGCUGUGGAGGAGGACGACAACCAGCCACCUCUGGAGCGUGAUGGUGGGGAGAGCCGGAGUGGAGCAGCUUGGCGGGCCACGCUGACCAACGACGUGUCUGCACUGCAUGAGGCACCCCUGGACCACGACUAUUUUUCCCAGGUGAAUAAUUAAAUGUGUGGAAGAUGACACAUCCAAGUACAUAAAAGAAAGUUUGUUGUUUCUAUGACUAUUAAGACAAAUAACAUUCUUCAAAGUUACC